UGGGACUGGAUGAAAUUUACCUCGCUGUUCAUGACGGGGGAGAUAAAAAAAUAGACGAAGAAACGCUAAAAAAAGAACAAGGUGAAUCUACUACAUUAUCAGUUCAAAAAGUAGAAAAUGGUGCAUAUUUAAAGGUCAAUAACGAAGAAAUAUCUCUCAGUAAUGUCUUUGAAAAUCCGGGUCAACCAGAAGAACAUACAGUAGAAGGGGUACAUUUACAAUUGGUAUUCAGGGAUGCUGGAGGAUCUGGCUUCACAGAAAAUGCAG